UCCUGCGCCCUCGGCCGCCCCGCGAGUGCAGCCCCCGCGCAUCCUUCAGCCCCCGAUGAUCCGUCCGACAUCCAUCGGUCGACGAUCCAUAAAACGCAGCGCAUUAAAUCUCAUCUGGCGUGCGAGCCGCGCGUGAUUAGCGUUUGUUGCACCCGCGCUCCGACUGAAUGCUGCAGCCGAGUGUUCCUGACCAAGAUUUACAACGACCUCUCAGGUGUCCCUCGAAAUGCUCAAUCACAUCUGCAAUCUUGGUGUGUGCAUGUUUGGCCUAGGUUCGAAGCAGCACCACCACCACCAUCAACCAGAGGGAUGUGACGAUUUGAAGUCUUCAGUGGUGCAGCAGGCGGCCGGCGAGCUGCUCAAGUCUGCGGUCACCUCGCUUGAGCAGCAUGGCGUCGUGGUGACCGCCGGUCCGCCGCCUCCACGGCCGCCUCCAGUCUGCAGCAGUGACUCGUCCGGCAUCGGGGGCGGCGGAGGCGGCAACGACUCGGACAAGCCGUCCAAGCAGAAACGGCAUCGGACCAGAUUCACCCCGGCGCAGCUGAACGAACUGGAGCGCUGCUUCUCCAAGACGCAUUACCCGGACAUCUUCAUGCGCGAGGAAAUCGCCAUGCGUAUCGGACUUACCGAAUCCAGAGUUCAGGUGUGGUUUCAAAACCGCCGGGCCAAGUGGAAGAAGCGAAAGAAGACAACCAAUGUAUUCCGCUCUCCUGGCGGAUUGCUGCCCUCGCAUGGCCUGCCACCCUUCGGCUCCAUGUCUGAUGGUCUCUGCUCGGCGUCUGGCAUGUUUGGCGGCACGGAUACCCGGUGGGGAGUCACAGGAAUGACCCCAGUGGCCGAUCUGAUUACAGGGCUGGGGCAGCUGAGCCAGAGCGCGAUGAGCGGCUUCGGGCAGAGCAUCGGCCAGCUGAACCAGGGCGUCAACUCUGUGCCCAUCUCGUCGUCGGCGGGCAUGACGCCCUCCGCCUACCAGCCGCACCACUACGGGCUCAACUCGCUCGACCUGCGUAACAGAAUCACUGACCUGAGCGUUUGCACGACAGGUACCUCAUCCGGUGGGCAACUCAACUCCCUGGGCGCGUCGCCGGGCAGCGCGGGCAGUGGCGGCGCCGCCGGGCUUAACUCGCUGCUGCUGGCCGGCGCCGUUUCAUCGGCCGGCGGCGAUCACCACUCAACGCCGCCACCGCACCAGCAGCACUGCUCGCUACUGCAGCAGUCGUCGCCGCCGAUGCACCUGAUGCACCAGCAACACCAGCAGCAGCAACAACAACAACAACAGCAGCAGCAGCAGCAGUUGAGUCCCUGCGAUCAGGACGGCGGUCUCGGCUCGGAGGCCGAGUGCCAGGGCGACCUGCAGGAUGACUCCUCUGGCUCUUGGCGGUGCCAUAGCAUCGCCUCCCUGCGGAGACGCGCCCUGGAGCACGCGGGAGGCGUCGCCGCCACAACCGCUUACAGAUAAAACUCUUUCCACUUUUCCGCUUGAGAGCCUCUAUCUUGUUGAUUCAGACGAUUCCAACAGUAAAAAAUUAUUUCUGACUUUAAAGGGAAGGGAUGAAACGCUUUGAUUUGUUUAUAUUAUGUUUUCCAACCUUUUUAGAAUUCAUUAAAUUUAUUUCUGCAAUAUUUUUUAUUUGGUUUGAAAAAUUAAAUCACCACGUUUUAAAUUUAAACUUGUGAUUUUUAAUUAAAAUUGCAAGUUAUUGAAUAAAAAAAUCAACCAUCUUUCUUAAAUCUAAUCAUAAAAUAUAAUUGAAACAGUUGUGGAGGUUCUCAAAAGGUGAUUCAGAGUUGAUUAAUUUUUUAGUUUACAGGCUUCUUAAAUUUUAGCAAAUUUCCGUUUGAAAUUCUUUGCCAGAGGGAUCAAAUUUUUGUCACUUUCCAACUAUACUUGAAACUACUCUUCAAUAUUUCAAAGAGGCAUUAUAGUGCGUAUACGAUUUUUGUACAAACACGCAGUACUCACCACGAGAUACACACGCCGUAAGUGUAGGCGAGAGAGACAGACCGCUCGAACAAAAGAUACCAAGUAUAACGAACUAGAGUGUAAUGAAAAAAUUGUGUAAUUUCGUCGUCACAAUUACUACUUUAUUGAUUAUGGAAGUAAAAUUUUUGGAGCCAAUGUGAUUCGCUGAUGAUUUUUCCCUUGACAGGCUGUCGAUGUUUUUUGGUGGGCCUGUGCGCGGCGCUAGAAAAUCUUGUGUAUGAAAUGUGCAUUCACUUUCUUGCUGAGAAAAUAAAUGAAUUGGCGAGAUGCGCGCGCGGUAGUGCAAAAGUGUAUAGAGAUAAUCAGUGUUCCCGAUUUUGCUAUGUCCUUAUUUAUGUUGAGAGACACACAGAAUUGUACCGAGAAACAUUAAAUCAUAGUUACACGUAUACUUCUCAAUAAUUCAUGGGUUGUAAUAUACACAAUUAAGAGUUACAAUAAAUUAUGUACAUAUAUAAUAUUCAUUCUUUGCUAUAUUUAAUUUAUCUAAUUUAUUAUCCCUACACAGUCUGUUGUUAUUAUUUUGAAAUUUAUUAAUCUCUAAAAUAUGUUUAAUAUAGAUGAAGUUAAACGUAUGCAACUUGGAGAACGCAAAAGCUAUGCGGGUUGCGCACCAUUUGCAUCUGACGGCUUAUUGUUAGCUUCUAAAAUAAUUUCAUGUCAGU